AUGCAGGGCGCGCAGGACUCUUUGUCCUACGAGCUCCUGCUGCACAAGUUCUCCGACCAGCAAGGGGGCGACCGCUCCACCGACGACGCCUCCACCGAGGCGGCGACGACCGUCGGCCCGGAGGGCAGCAGUCCCAGCUCCGCCAGCGUGGCGGACACCGAGAGGGGCACGGACGCCGCCAGCAGUACAGCCCUCUCGGGGCAGGCGAGGCUGAGCACGGUCGUUCUCCACAACGUGCCUGUGAACGGCCCCGACGCGGACGCCGGCCUGUGCGAGGGCGUCCGCCGCCUGUGCGAGGCGGCCUUCGGCGAGGACUGCCUCCAUGACAUAACCAAGAAGUCCAAGUGGCAGCUCUCCAUGCUGGUUUCCAGCGACCUAGCCAGCCUCUACGGCUUCAUCGUCACCAAGGUGGCCAACGGCACCCUCUCCAUCGCCAAGCUGGCCGUGGCCCCCGAGCUUCGUGGCCAGGGGCUGGGCAGGCGGUUCAUGGACGAGGUGCUGAAGGCGGCCAAGAAGCGCGGCGACGUGUACGAGGCUUGCCUGUCGUCCAGGGGCACGGCCGUGAGCUUCUACAAGCGCCUCGGUUUCAAGGCAGACACGAGCGUCAGGCUGAAGGUGGAAUUCGAGGUUGAGGAGGGGCAGGUCUACAUGGAGAAGCGGCUGCGACAGCGGCCGCGGACGCACGCCAGCGCCCCCAAAGCCCGGCGGCAGCCGGUGAGACUGGGCAUCAGAAGUCCUUGCCUGCAGCUGCCGGCCGGCAGUGGCAGGCGCGAGGUUUCCGAGCGCCACACGGGCGUGCGGGGGGAGCAGGCGAGUGGAGCGGCGAAACCGGACGUACCGGUUGGGUACCGGCCGAGGGCCCAGACGUCCAAGCUCUCCGUGUCCCAGGUCACCGAUGCUCGCGGCUGCUGCCAGGCAGCGUCGCACCUCCUGCUCCAGGACCUCGAGCGCCGUUUCGGGCAGGGCGGCGUCCGCCCUCGCCCGCGGCACGCCGGCUGGCAGGGCACCGAGUGGGCGGUCAUGCGCGGAUCGACGCUGUGGUGCUGGCACCGGGCCGCAGGCUUGCGUGCCUCGCUGUACGACGCAAGCCGGCGCAUGGCCGACCCUCUUGGUGGGGGCGGCCACCCGUUUGCAGCUCUGCGGUGGGUGCGGUCGGCGCUCGCUCUUCGCAGGACACGCGACGGCUGUGCCCCGUUCACCGGAAUCCCGAUCUCCCUGCUGGGCCCCAGCGACGGCGGUCCCCCUGCCCGUGCCACCCGGCGGUCCCGCGCGAUCGAGCGCGGCUUCCUGAUCCCAUGGCCGGAACCGACUCGCCGCUGGGUAUCGGUGCCGCUCUGGCUCGUCGCUGGCGCCAAGACCAUCGUCAAGUCCUUGGAAGUGCACGCCCAGCACGACGUCGACACGGGGAUGCCCCACCACUCGGCGAGGCUGGCGACGCUCGCCGCGAUGUCGCACUCCGACCCGAAGGAGCGCAACGCCGCGACGCUCAUCCACAAGAAGGCCAACCGCGCGAAGCACGAGGUCGGGAAGCUCGCCCUGGAGCGCGCCAUCGCUAUUCCUCCUGUCGCUGCUGAUGGUCCCUUGCCGCCAAGUGACAUUGAUGCCAUCAAGUCCGCGCUGACGGAGAUGCACGCCGCGCUCGCAGCCAGCGAACAGCAGGCACUCGAAGCCAGACGGGAGCUCGCUGACCUUCAUGAGCAAUGCGCUGAGCAGAAGAUCACCCAGCAGAAGCACCUAGCCACGAUCAUCGACGCGUCCGCGAGCCAGUUCAACCUCCUCGCGAACCAGCUGCAGGACGCGACCACGACCCAGUUCACCAGCCUCGCGUACCAGCUGCAGGAGCUUGCGAAGAAGGCGCCCACGACCGACUCCGACGAGCCGCACGCCGUCCUCGGCCUGCCGACGCCGCGCAAGAACAAGCUGCAGGUCGCGUCCACGAGCCAGCUCACCUGCCUCGCGAACCAGCUGCAGCCGAACAGGCCGACGGCCCACAGCCACGAGCUCUCGGAACUGGUGCUGGCAGAGCAGACGCCCACGACCGACUCCACCGAGCCGUACGCCGUCCCCAGCCUGCCGACGCCGUCCAAGCUGCCGAACGUCCCGCCGACCAUCGACCCGCCGACCGCCGUGGCCGCGACCAUCGAGGCCUCCAUUCCGAGCCGCGGUAGCUCUCUACAGCCCUGCUGUUCGGAGCGUCCGCUGCUUGCGCAUUCAGGUUCUCCCCUCCCCGUGCGGAACGAGCUGUGCAAACCGCCCAACGACCCUCCCGCCUUCUACGUGGACUCCGACGCGCUCGAACCGCUGAACGCCCUGUACGCCACCCACGUCCGCGACGUGAAUCCCGACGCGCCCGCGAUGUCUGUUCCCAUCGUGCCGCUGGACGCCGAUGCCGCGCAGCUCUGCGCGCCCGCCUCCUCCGACACGCUGCACAACAGAAUCCGCGCCCUGCUCCGCAAGAACGGUCACGUCGGCUACCGCACGGUCCACAAGCAGCUGAAUGCGGACGAGAGCUUCCCCAAGAUUUCGUUGAAUAAGGUACAGAACGCCAUGAACAUGCUGCGCCAGGCGCACGUCGCAACCUCCCUGAUCCCGUCCCGCAUCGCGCGCUCGCUGGAGGAAAACCUGACGCUGGAAGACACGUUGGAGGACAUGUCGCUGGAGGACAUGUACACUCUCGCCCUGUGCCACGGCUACCUUGACAGCUACUCCGACUGCGACUCCACAGCUUCUGGCUGGUCUCACGCGGACUGGGCCGACGACUUCAACGCACACCACCAGCAUUCGAGCGCAAGCGGAACGACAUCCGAUGACGAGAACCUCGUAUGCCCGCGCUGCCUCAACGACGUGCCCCACCAGACGUUCUGCCUCAAAUGCGCCUGGCCGCAGAGCUCGGACAUAGAGUACGCCACCUACAUCCUCAACCAGCCGACGUGCGACAAGGACUACAUCGUGCCCCACAUGCUGGGUCUGCUCCGCGCCCUGCCCGACGACGAGGACUGCCACGCGACCAUCCUCGCGCUGGAGCAGCGCUGCAAGACCAUCAAGCAGGACACGAUGAGUGCCGCGUCGCCCCGCCGCUGGCUGGCGGCCGCGUGGAGCUCCACCACGGGGCCCACGUCAGCCAGCGCCCCCGCGGCUGCCGUCUGUGACGAGCUGGCCAUCGCGUUCGAGACGAACUGCCCUGCCGUGGCGGUGUGCUGCGCCUCGCGGGCAGUGGGGUCCGAGAGCGGCGGCGACGAACGCGCGGGCGACGCGAGGAGGGCGGCCGCCCCGCCGGAGGCGGCUGGGCGUCACUCACUCGGGGCCCAGGGCGCCGACGCGCACGGCGCCAAGAAGUGCCGGUUGUUCCUUAGGCUCUGGCUCCUGCGGCGGCGCCGGCGGGGCAUUCUCUGCCGGCGCCGAGACGCCGUGGCGGCGCAGUUGCUCGGCGAGUGCGUCCUCGCACACCCGACUGGUCUCGGCCGCGACGCGCGUCUGUGCAACGCACGGAUGGGCGGGGCAGAGUUUAAUUUGCCGUUGGGCUGCAACGUCCAUUGGACCAGCAUGAGCGUGUGGGCCCUGGCUGGCCCUGGGUUUGGACUGUACGUCAACCUGGGCAAAACUGUCGUGGUGCUUCUCAGUAUGAGUAUGGCUGAUUUUCUGGCUGCGCUGGAGGUCCUAGGGUUGAAAGCUCCUGGUCUUAAGUUCGAGGCUCACGGGAAGUACCUCGGGGUUCGUCUGGGUCCUGACAGUAUUGACGCGUCCUGGGAGCCCGCCCUUCAGAAGUUCGUCCGCCGCAUCAACCUCAUCCACGGCCUCGGGUUAGGGCUCACCAAAACUGUCGCCCAGUAUAACAUGAUCGCGUUCUCUGUGCUCGCCUUUCUGUGUCAGCUGGUGCCGACUACUCAGAGGUGCCUGAAGCUUGAGAGGGCUGGGCUCCAGAAGCUCACGAUGGGUCCUGACAAUGCCGUGACACCUAAGAUGAUGAUGGGCCUCACGCAGCUCGGGUUUCCUCUAGAUGCGCGCUCUCUUGCACUCGUCAGCCGCGCGGCCAUGUACCGUGCAGCCUCAUACUCGCUGGCCUUUUUUGAGAUUCGGAACGACCUGAGCGCUUUCGAAGCCAGGUUUCAGCAGGUCGUGCGAAGGCGGCCCGACCUGAACCAGCUCGUGGGCACGGCUCCGCAGACGGCGCCCCAGCCUGGCCCGAGGACAAUGCGCAAAACGAAGGCGGCCAGUUCCGACGGCAACCUCGUCAACGCGGGCCGCCUCUCCAUCAGCAGCAUGCUGAAGCCCGAGGACAUCAGCGGCGACGAGGGCGUCGGCGGCGGGGUGUUCCAGCACCAGCCCGUGGAGAGCAGGGGCAUGAUGCACGGCACGCGCUGCUGCUACGGAUGGGACGACCACGGCCACGCGGUGCGCCGGGAGGGCGCCAAGAUGUCGCACGCCGUCCAUUCCCCCGCCAUGCGGGCUCACAAGGACUUCCCGUACAUCAAUGGCCGGCUGGCGCCGGCCUCGAGGUACCGCCGCAACCACUCCAACGACCAGGCGGAGGCUUGA